UUUGGAGAAUGCCAGUUUGAAAAACAUUGACAUAGGGAAUACGGUUAUAAACUUCUCUGUACAUGCCUCCAUGUAUGAGGAUUCCCACAUGCAGUUUAUUCUGUGCCUGACUGUAUAAUACAUAAUAGCUUUGCUCAAGAUAAAUAGUCAUAGAAAAGGGUUUAUUGAAUAAGCUAUUUGGUCUCCAUUUUCUCUUGAGCCAUUGUAGGUAAGUGUAUUUAGUGGAUAAACAUCUAAUGUUAAGUUCCACACUAGAUAAAUUUUAUUUUGAACUUUCUCACCCUAAUCUUGAGAGCCAGUUUGAUAUAGUGGUUAAGCUAUGAGGCUAAAAACUGGAGAACUAGGAGUUCUAGUCCUCCCAUGGGCAUAACCAGCUAGAUUCCUCUUUCUGGCCCUAUGAAGAUGACAAUGGCAAACCACUUCCAAAAUCUUGCCAUGCAGGGAUUUCUCCAGGUAGAUGCCAAAAGUCAACAGGAUAUGGAGUACAUAUACACACAGAGAAAUAUAUAGAAAAACAAAACUUCCUGACCUUAAACUAUAAUUUCAUUCUGAGAUGAGCAAAAACGUUCUGUCAGAGCAAUGGUAUUCCUCAAAAUGUUAGCUCAGUCUCAUUGUAAGGUAUUCCUCACAAUGUUAAUUCAGUGAUUUAGCUCAGUGCCAGAGGUAAUGAUGUACUUUCAUACCACCACUCUGUGCAAAAAGCAAGUCAUGGAUUCAGCUAAAAAAAAAUAUGGGUAGAAUAAAUAAGCAGAAAAUGUUUCUGAUUAAAAAAGAAAUGCCAAACUGAAUCUUCUGCCUAGGAAAUCUUGAAUUAUAUCCCUUCCUAUGGAUCCCAGGCCUUCAUUUUCUUAAUUGUUCCUCUGCAGAUAAUUAUCCUGCAGCUCUCAGCAGCUCUGCUGACUGCAGGGACCCUAACUGACACAAUAAUUUCAUGCGUCAGCAUUCUAAAUAGAAAUGAAUACAAAUCAGUCAGGGCAGCUGCAGUAGUGUAACCUGCAACUCUAACCUGUUUUAUGUAGGUUUUCAACAUUUUCUCUGCAGAGUAAGCUAUGAAAUGUGAAGAAGAUUCUUGACUAUAAAAGAUGAAGAGUCUACUUUUUCUGGUGCUGAUUUUUUUCUGCUGGGUUGAGCAUCAUGCUGCUAACUUCACUCUGGAGCAUGAUAGAAUAAUUCACGUCCACGAAAAUGCACCUCAUCUUCUUGUGAAAGCAGAACAAACAAAAAUCUUCUCAAAUCGUGGUGGAAGUGUUACUCUGCCAUGUAAAUUUUACCGUGACAAUACAUUACCUGUCUCAGGAGUCCAUAGAGUUCGUGUCAAGUGGACCAAACUCACUUCAGAUUACCUCAAAGAAGUGGAUGUCUAUGUUGAAAUGGGCUACCACAAAAAAAGUUAUGGUAAUUACCAAGGAAGGGUAUUCUUGAAGAAAAGCACUGAAAAUGAUGCCUCUUUGGUCAUCUCAAAUUUAAUGCUGGAGGAUUAUGGGAAAUACAAAUGUGAAGUCAUUGAAGGUUUAGAAGAUGACUCAGCUGUUGUAACUCUAGACUUGGAUGGCAUUGUAUUCCCUUACUUCCCACGACUGGGUCGCUAUAAUUUAAACUUCUAUGAAGCUCAGCAAGCCUGCCUCGACCAGGAUGCAGUUAUAGCUUCAUUUGACCAGCUAUAUGAUGCAUGGAGGUCAGGACUGGACUGGUGCAAUGCAGGCUGGCUCAACGAUGGGUCAGCGCAAUAUCCAAUUAGAAAUCCCAGAGACCCUUGUGGUGGGAAGAACACAGUGCCUGGAAUCCGGAAUUAUGGCUUCUCAAAUAAAGAACAAAACAAAUAUGAUGUCUUUUGUUUUACCUCUCAUUUUACUGGCCGUUUUUAUUACCUAAUACACCCGACCAAGCUGACCUAUGAUGAAGCUGUGCAAGCCUGCAUCAACGAUGGUGCACAGAUUGCUAAAGUAGGCCAAAUGUAUGCAGCCUGGAAACUCCUAGGAUAUGACCGCUGUGAUGCUGGCUGGCUGGCUGAUGGCAGUGUCCGAUAUCCCAUCUCCAAGCCAAGAAAACGCUGUAGCCCUAAUGAAGCAGCAGUACGCUUGGUGGGCUUUCCGGAUAAAAAGCACAAGCUAUAUGGAGUCUACUGCUUCAGGUCAUACCAGUGAAAGGACCAAGAGCACAACAGUGUCCAUUCGAUUAAGAACAUGUGAAGAUUGUUUCAAUAAGAACUUACACAAAUUGCCAAAACUGUGAUAAAUCUUUUUUUUUUUUUACUUACUAUAAGGAGUCAUUUCAUAAAAGAAACCAAUUAAUUUGUUCCGUUUUCUUUUUUUUUUAAUCAUUCAAUAGAUAUUUUAAAUUAAUAUAAUUUAAAGAAAGCUCUAGGUGAAGAAGUUUUGGAAAUGUAACUUUUUAAGCUACACAGUUCCAACAAACAUAUUUUUCUUGAAUGGGGCAUGCAAUAGCUUGAUGAUUGCUAGGACUCAGUUAAGGAAUGUAAGGCUUAUCAAAGGAUAAAGUUUACAUAUUUGCAUCAUAUUAAAAGAUACCAGAGAAUAAUGACUGAGAUCUGAUGUUAUGAACUGUGUUCAUCUUUUAUUAACUGCCAUUCCAUGUGGUUUUGGGGAGCAGUUAAAAAAAGAUGUGAAUGCUGUUUAAAGCAACAGUAUUUUAUGAAGUCUUUGAGGUUAAAAAAAAGUUUCACUAGUUCAAACCAUGUCUUUUAGCAAUCUCUGGUAAAGAAUUCUGUAACAUUCCAUCAAGCACAGUUAAAUCUUCUGAACAUAUUCCUGGUUUUCUUAUGUAUGCAGCAUAAAAUGUGCGUAUGAAUAAGUAAAGAUUGGAGCCAUUUUUCUUCUUAAUACAAACUCAAUAUGCCUGAAAUAUAUUGCAUUACUUUGAAUAGUUUUAUGAACUUUUAUAUUACUGCAGCUGUUGUUUUAAUUUUGAAAUCCAUUUUGCUAAGCAGCAUUUAGCUUUUACUCAGGGCAGUUAUCUAUAAAUGAACUGCUGGACAGAAACACACACGUAUUAAAUAUAGCAUCUUGAUUCCAUGGUAGCUUUUAAGUAUUAUUGCCUUUAUAAAUGAAAAUUUUAAAUAUUUAAAAAUUUCCUGUCUUACUUCCAUAUGUCCAAGGUAAACAUUAUUUGAAUUUUGAAGCAUAUUCUCUGCUCUAUAAAUAAGAGGAAGAUAUUUUUUUAUCCUGUUUAGGAAAAGGAGAAAUAUUUUAAUACUAAGUACUGUUUGCUUAUUUUAAUGGAGACACCAACUCCCACAUUUGCAUCUUAUUAUGCCUUGCAUGGCCCUUUUGCUUGUGAGCAAAGAAGAUUUUAUGU